GAAAAAUUCAUCUCCAACUGACGGACUCGACCCAACGGGCGGAGCGGAGAGACGAGAGGGAGCAGAUCUAGGGUUUCGGAAGGGCGAGGAUUUCCGGUGGCCGUGCCCUCGCAGGAUGGAGACGGUGGCGGAUGCGGAGCGGAAGAGCGACCGCGAUGGCAGGGGUUCGUCGGGGGCGAUGGCGCGGCGGCGGAAUCGUCGCAGGAAGCGGGGAGGAGGAGCUGUGCUCGGGAAGCGGCGGGAGACGAGCGAACCCCAAGCCGCUGUAGAGGAGAAACAGGUGCCUGUGGUGGAGGACGGGUGCACUACGGCUGGCAUGGAGAGAGACGAGGUUUUUCUUCGAUUCUUCAUCGGUCUGAGCGCGGAGGAGUACGCCGCAUCCAAGGCCGCCUCGAAACCAAACAAGAGGGAAGAAACCUCGGAGGAGUGGGAGGCGAGGGUCCGGAAGAGGUUGGAGGAGCAGGAGAAGGCGUACCGAGAGGAGAUGGGAGGCGAGGACGACGAAUCCUGGGCCGCUAUCCAGUAUCGCCAAUUCUGGAAUGAGGUCUACUCCACCCACCAUGGUUCAUACCAGGACACCACGAGGAUCCCCGCCAUGCGUUUCACCCAUAAGCCUGCACUGGGUGACACUGCUGGUACUUCGGAUACGCUACAGAUCUUCUCAGUCAAGGUUGCAGCAACAAGUGGAGGCUUACAAUGGCCGCUUGAUGUGUUUGGUAUGGUUUCCAUGCGUGACAGUGUUGAUCGUAAUCGGAAUGUUCUCUUCCACCGCACAAGGGACAACUGCCAAACCCUCACUGAACAGGAACACAAUUUAGUACUGGUAGGCCCCACCCGUGCUAUUGUGUUGUCAAUGCCAGAACCUGUCAUCAUCGAUGUUGAACUGAAAGUGAAGGGUACUACUGAAUCUGAGGAUAAAUAUUUGAGCCUUCUAGCUGUGCCACUCUUAUGUGAUGAUAAGUAUUAUUCACGUGUGCUUAAGUCUGGUUCUUACACUAGCAAGCUAAGCACAUUGGCGUUUAGACUUGGCUAUAUUGUUUCAUCUGUGGAGGCAACAAUAUCUGUGCGAGUCAUUCAUGGAUCAUGGCCUGAUGGUUUUCACGGUCAAAUUGCCGCCUUUACCACUUGUAUAUGUUUCAAGCAUUUGGUCAGUGAUGACAUUGUAGCCAAUAUUGAUCACGAGAAAAUUGUCCUGCUUGAUUUUAGAGGUAAGAAAGCUGUUAGUGAUGGGAAGGUUGAGCUUUCACGGCAUGUUGUUUCUGUUGAAAAGAGGGGAGAGCUGAAAGUUUCUGUCAAAGCAUGGGAAGUUGAUAAUAAUGUCGUGGAAAAAGUGACGGUUUUCACACCGUUAGAAGCUGGUAUAAGCAAUGGAGAGCUGGACAUUGGCUUCUGUAAGCUGCAAGUCAGUGUCGCCUGGUCGCUCAUUUCGCAGGAUCCUGUUUUUGCUGAUUCGGAACUGUAGCUGCAAGUUUGGAUGCCAGGCAUCAGGUGGUGAUAACAACGUUGUGAAAGAUGAACUGGUUCUAAUGUAUGGUAUAUGGUAGAUGCAGGCUUUGGUUAGAUUGUGGCCAAUGUUAUAAUUAUACGGCACAUUGAUGCAUUAUUAAUAGUCUUGGAAUUCGUGUCUUGGUUAGCUCGUUAAACUUUUAAUAUUAGAUCAUACCAUUGCAUAUGUUCUUUUGUUAAGAUGAAUGAAGAUAAAAGAUUAAAGGACAAUGCCCUCCUCUUGUCCUUUCCAUCUGAAGGGCUUGAUGGAUGGUCACCAUUACUUGCUU